CGCGCAGGAAAAAGUCGGAAGCUUCACUGUGCCAAUUGACCUCGGGAGGAGACCGUCGCAAAGCAAGGGAGACGCGGAGCAGAGAGGCCGCCUGCGUAGCGCCAGGGCGUGCGAUAAGGCACUGACGGGACGACAUGGCCACCACGGCGUACUCCACGGCGCUUCUCGGCGGGGCGCGCCUCGCCGCCGUCGGCGGCGGCGCCGCCGCGGUGCCGCCCUCCAUCCUCCUCCUGCGGCGGCGUAACGGUAACCUGACGCCUCUCCGGCUCCAAGAUGCGCCGAGGCAGUCGCCGCUCCGGGUGAGGGCCUCCUCCGACGACACCUCGGCCGCCAGCGGCGACGAGCUCAUUGCCGACUUGAAAGCCAAGUGGGACGCCGUCGAGAACAAGACCAUCGUCAUCACGUACGCCGGCGGCGCCAUCGUCGCUCUUUGGCUGACCUCCGUCAUCGUCGGCGCCAUUAACUCCGUGCCUCUGCUUCCCAAGAUCAUGGAGCUCGUCGGACUUGGCUACACCGGAUGGUUCGUCUACCGCUACCUUCUCUUCAAGGCAGGAAAGAGUUGGCUGACGACAUCGAGUCACUCAAGAAAAGGAUUGCUGGGACAGAGUAGUAAAAUGUUGCUCCCGUGAAUUUUUUAGGAUGAUUCUUGCGAGAGCCCAUUACCUUCUCUCUAGAGUAUUAUUGCCGUACGUUGCCUUUGCAUUUUGCAUACCUGAGCAGGCACCAGAGACCGUGUCCCAAGAAGCUUAGUUUUAAUGGAACAGAGACAAUGUACAAACUUUAUGAUGUCAGGGUACCACCUUUAUCGCCUCAUUUUGCAACCAAUAUCUACUGUUUAGACUGCAUGCAAUCAAAUGGGUGUGUUUAUGUGUAACUUUUAUUUCAGUGAUAGCCCAUUGGACUUGUUUUGACCAAAA